GAGAUUGAAUAUUAAAUACUUGCUCCGUUUUAUCGCGAGAGUGUUAUUUCUUUAUUCUAAAAGAUCUAAGCAACUGAGGCAAAAUGUAACUGUCGUUUUCUUCACUCUUAUUCUAAUGUGUAAUCAAAUCAAAUGGCAAUGUGAACAAUGGGUGGGGGGGAUGUACAAUGUGAAUCUUAAUUUAGAGAAAGACAGCUGACUUGAAAUAUAGAGGAAAUAUUUAGAAUAGAGAUUCUUAGAAUACAGAAAAUCGUCAAUCAUGCAACGUGCUUGCGGUCUCGUCAUUUUCCGCCGGUCUCAAGACACCAUCCAGUUUCUCUUGAUGCAGACAUCAUACGGGGAACAUCACUGGACACCGCCUAAAGGUCACGUCGAUCCGGGCGAAUCCGACAUGGAGACGGCGUUGCGCGAAACCGAGGAAGAAGCUGGCUUCACGUCGAGCGAUCUCAGGAUCUUCGAGGACGCGAGGCACGAGAUGACAUAUCAAGUAAAGGGAAUGCCGAAGACUGUCAUCUAUUGGCUGGCGGAACUGCUCAAUCCGGACAAGUCUGUAAGAUUGUCAAAUGAGCAUCAGGCAUACGAGUGGCGUUCGUUGCGCGAGGCUUGCGAUCUCGCGAAAUAUGCCGAGAUGCAGAAAGCACUGAAUGAAUUUGACAAGUACAUAUCCCAGAAUCUUGCAUAGAUUUAUGAUUUAUUUAUGAUUUUUUUUGCAUUUGGGACUAAUUUCUGAUUGGUCGAAAGGCGGCCAUUUUUUUGGACGACUGCGCAUCUAUGGGAAUGUUACACCUAUAUCAUUACAUCAUGUACUAGGUUACAGUUGAUUUUUGAUAAAGUUUAAGUAAUAAUCACUCGUUAAUCA